AGCUCCGUCCACUUUCGUGAGGUUUUCAACCAGGUCCGCAUUGAGGGAAUAUAAUAGGGCCUACAAAUCCUGUGAAGUUCAGAUCGCAGCUACCCGCCCGUUUUCUUGGUUGGGAGACUGUAACGCGAAAAUGUCUGGGCGAGGUAAGGGCGGCAAAGGGCUGGGCAAGGGGGGCGCCAAGCGCCACCGCAAAGUCCUACGGGACAACAUUCAGGGCAUCACCAAACCCGCCAUUCGCCGUCUAGCCCGCCGUGGGGGCGUAAAGCGCAUCUCUGGGCUCAUCUACGAGGAGACCCGGGGAGUGCUCAAAGUCUUCCUGGAGAACGUGAUCCGGGACGCGGUGACUUACACGGAGCACGCCAAGCGCAAGACGGUCACGGCCAUGGACGUGGUGUACGCCCUGAAGCGGCAAGGGCGCACCCUGUACGGCUUCGGCGGCUGAGCGCGCCCUCCGUCUUCUCUCCGGACCCCGAAAGGCCCUUUUCAGGGCCCCCAAAGUGUCACGAGGAGAGCUGUUAACACUU